GGACUUGCAAUUUCUAACUUUAAAAGAUUUUUAAGCUCAUAAUUAAAAUAGUAUUUUAGGCUGUCAUGACAUCACUACACUAAAAUACACAGUGAACAUAAUUCAUGUUGCUGGAUAACAUGGCUGUGUGGGAGCAAUUUGCAGUUUUGUUGUCAAAUUGCCUUUAAUCAGUUCUACACCAAUCAGCUGAUCUUUAGCCUGUGUGCUGUAUAUCACUAUAUUGCUUCAUUAAGUUAUUGCAGUAAAUAUGUGUGAAUUUAGGGUUUUUUCUUAAAAUAGGCAAAGUAAAGGACAGUGUCAGCUUAUCUUCUUAAAGGGACAGCUUGCUCAAAUUGCCAGCACUCCUGCCCACUAACUGGAUAUUUUUCUACCACUGACCGCUGAAAUUUAACCUUUAAAUUUGACUUUGUGUCCUACCAUAGUUUGAGUUCGAUUGCCUUUAUGUCAGAGAAAAUAUUCCAGACCAGAGACUAAGUGAAUGAGUAUUUUCAAAUACAAUAUUUGUAUCUAUUCUGGCUCAUUCUCUAUGACCUGCUUUCUCCUGACACCCACUGCAGCCUAACUACAUCAGAUUUCUGUAAUUAUUAAUCAUCGACAUGGCUGAAACAUAUCCCCAAACCUAUAUAUAAUUUUAUUACAUAUGAUUUAAUGUCCAUGAAAAUUCAUCCAGGUCAUUUGAUAUCCGGUAGUAACUCAAAGGCAAUUGUCCAAUUGCUUUUAAUCAUGACUAGACAAACUACAUCUGGCUCACCAUCUGAGAAGUUAUUCCUCAUACCCUAAAACAGCCAGUCUGCCUCAGCCUCCUCCUUUUUUUUAAAUUUUUUUUUAAAAAAAGCACAUAAAAUGUUUCCACCUUAUAAUAAGGUAACAUACUGUACCUCCAAAUGUUUUCUCCAAAACAAUCACUUUUAUUUUGCUCAUGUAAUUAGUUAGUUGCUGCCUAAGAUGUCCGUACAUUGCACCCUGGGACAAGAGAGAGGAUAGUUUGUCUUGACGCCCAAUCUGUGAUGUCACUGCUGUGUACAGCCAUACAGACUGAACAGAGACGUAUGACGGACAUCUUGCGGCGUAAAUACCCCAGGGGAGUCAUAAUGAUCACAUUAAAAAGGGAAAAUACAGGAAUAAACACCGAUCACUAUUUCUACCAAAUACAUGUAUGUAGAGCAUUAUUAGAUUCAGCAUAUAGACUAGUUGCAAGAUAGCUUAAGGUUUAUUUAAAGGCUAAAGACUUUUUAUACAAUCAAUUAAAAUUUCUGAUCCACAUACAUUUUGGUUUCUCAUAAAUUGAGUGUUUCAGUCAAUCAUCAUGGACAUGGAAUCCCACAUAUAUUACAAUGACAUAAUGAAUUACCAUUAAAGGAAUAUUCCACAUUGAUUCAAAACAUCCUCGCCUGAUAAUGAAAAGUGUGGGUGGCCCAAAAUGAAAUGCAGUCAGCUGGUUUAUUAUGUUACAGUUUGUUUCAUCUAAGAAGAAGAGGGAGUGGUCUUUUAACCGAACAGGUUUUUGAGAAAGCAAGUUCACAAAAGUUAAAAAGUUAUGACGCAGUUGCAAGAUUAGAUACACAUACUGGGCACACAUCCAGCCCAUUCACCACCCAUCAGAGCAACUCCAGGCGACAAGAAUCUAAAACAUUUAUAGUGUCAUUUCACAUACACACUUCUGUUUAUGGAGGCAGUGCCUCAGAUGGAGCUCCCACCCAUAAAAUGAAACUUGCCUGUUUCAUAGAGGAAGUAGGAGCAGCCAGACUCAUCUGCCCCACAUGUGCAACUCAGCUGCAGCUCUCUUCUUACCCAGAGAUGCUUUCAGUGAGCAGACUGAUAAUAGGACAGGAGAGAAGUGUAUGGGGUCAAUUGGAAACAGCUUCGAUGUGACAGGAACAGGAAGUGGUGAACAGAGCAAGCUACCUGGUGAAACAUGAGGCUCGUCUGUUCCUCUCUCUUGACACUGCCUGUAAAUCAUCUCAGCCUUUCCAAAUAUAGAUCCAUCAGACUUUGCCAUGUAUUUAACUUAAAUCUGGAGGGAGUUUCUUCAGCCCCGUCCUGCCUGGCACUUGUUUGAUUGUUGGGUGUCGAAAUGACACAAAACGGUGCUGCGACCGGUAAGGGUACCACAAAAAAAGGAGAUGAACUUAAAAUUGUGAUAGUUGGAGAUGGAGGCUGCGGGAAAACAUCACUUCUGAUGGUUUAUGCGAAAGGUGACUUUCCAGAGAAAUAUGCGCCAUCAGUGUUUGAAAAAUAUGUCACCACUAUCUCUCUUGGAGGAAAAGAGAUAAAGCUCAAUCUGUAUGACACAGCUGGACAGGACGACUAUGACAGACUUCGGCCGCUUUCAUACCAAGAAGCCAAUCUGAUUUUAGUCUGCUUUGACGUGACUAACCCCACCAGCUUUGAGAAUGUCCUGAUAAAGUGGUACCCAGAGGUGAAGCACUUCUGUCGGGACACUCCGGUCAUCCUCAUUGGCUGCAAGACAGACCUCAGGAAGGAUAAAGAGUGUGCAAGGAAGCUCAAGGCCAUGAAUCAGGCUCCCAUCACUUACACACAGGGCGAAGAGACCCGUCAGCAGAUGAAUGCAGAGCUCUACCUCGAGUGUUCGGCAAAGUAUCAGGAGAAUGUGGAAGACGUUUUCAGAGAGGCCACCAAAAGAACUUUGGCCUUCAAUCGCAAACAAAGGAACUAUAAGAGGAAGAAGAAAUGUGUGGUUUUGUGAAGUCAAAAGGACAGAGGCUUUGAGGACUCCACCCCGAACAGCAGUUUGCUUCAGAAAGUUCUCAUCAGUCCCUGUAAGUUUGGGGCCCAACUGAAUCACCAGUGCAUCACCCUCCACAGUCACAAGAAAAUGACAAAUGAUGUUAAAAGGAAAGACAAUUUUGCAAGAAGCCACAGCAGUGUGGAGAUUUUCUGAAGUGGUAUACAACUUGAAAUGCCUUCUGUCAACGUAUUUUUGUACUUUUGUAUGAGAAGUCAUUUUUAUAUAUAUAUUUUUUCCUGAUGGAAGGUUUUGUACUGUUUCCAAACCAGUGUAUUUUAAUCGAAACAUAUCUAUUGGAGGAAUUUGCACAGUGAGUUCUUGCAUUGUCAACUUGGAUUUUUUUUUUAUAUCCAAGAGGUUUUCGUAAAAAAAAAACAAAAAUAAAAAAAAACUGCUGGUAGAUAACAAAUUCCCAGAUAAAGCAGUUGUUGAAAUUCAAUACAUCAUGGUACUGCAGCUUUAACAGUAUUGAGAAAAGAAACCCCAAACAAUCAUCAUCAACACCCAACAGGGUUAGUUCAUUUCCAGUAAAACAAAACAUUGAACUAGAAUUUCUUUGGGAGCAGUCUUAACUUGAAGAACAGCUCUUAUCUUUACCAAUAGCGCCCACUAGUGCUGGAAAAACUGAAUUUGUGCACUGGUGCCACAUUUUUGGCAAUUUGGCCAACUUUACCACACUGUAAACUGAAGGUAAAACUGAAACUAAUACUUCACAGAAGUACAGAAACAGCCAGAGUUUUGAAUUAGUUGUUUAAUUAUUAAUAUAUAUAUAUAUUUAUAUAUAUAUAUACAACAAUGUACAUCACAGAUUGAGAAAUUGUCAACUGUCUCUUGUUACUGUUCCAUACUCAGGCACCAGUUUUGAAAUGAACCAUGAAAACGUUAAUCAGACAAAUGAGGAAACCAAGUUGUUUUGUGCGUUCUGGCAGCUCUCGCAUCAAAAGUAACAUUUUGUUCUGUAACUCACACAUGCUUCAAUUGUCCCUUAAUAAAAGUUAAAAACAUAAA